UUGUCAAACCACAUGUCCGUUAGCGAAACAGUUCGGAUGGUUUAUUUAUCAAAUUUGUUUACAAAUUGCGCUCGCAUCAUUCCAGAAUGUCGAAAAAAUACGGUUUAAUUGAACGUGGUGCCGAUUCCGGACCGGUAAAAAAACAUGCAGCAUUUGCAAGUGAUUCAGAUUCCGAUGACGGUGGCAAUAGUAAAGUGAAGAUUGAGCUUGGCGCGAAUCAGAAGCGGCAGGCACAAGCGAUGCAGCAAAAAGCUGUUGAAGAAGAUCCGACCAUCUAUCAAUACGACGAGCUGUACGAUGAUAUGGUGGAGCAGAGGGAAAAAAGUUCUGUCCAAGCGAAGGAACAAACGGUCGAUCGGAAGCCAAAGUACAUUGGCAAGCUGCUUGAAACAGCCGAGCGUCGAAAGAAGGAACACGAGCGUCGUAUCGAGCGGCAGGUGCAAAAGGAACGCGAUGCAGAAGGUGAAAAGUUUAAGGAUAAAGAAUCCUUCGUAACAUCCGCGUACCGCGCCAAGUUGGAAGAGAUGAAAAAGUUAGAAGAGCAAGAAAAGCGCGAGGAGUACCUCGAGUCAAUUGGGGACGUAACGAAGCAGUCCGAUUUGGGAGGAUUCUAUCGUCACAUUUACGAACAGAAAACAAAGAACGAAGAAAACGACGAUACCGGUAAAGGUGCAAAGCAGGAAGAUUCGUCCCGCGAUGAAUCGACUCGUGUCAGUGUUGAACGUGGAGAAACAUCGGAAAAGCAGGAAAAGCAAGAUAGACCAAAGGCAUCGAAUCAGAGGGAACGCAAAUAUCGUAAAAGAAAGUCAGAGGAUGAAAACGACGAACCGGCAGAUGAUAAUCGACCAACGGAGCGAACACAUCUUCAAUCGAACCUGGACGCCGAUUCAGAUUUCAGCAUCGAUUCGGAUAGUAGCGAGAGUAGCUCUUCCGGAAGUGAAGAUGAGGAGCAAAGCAAGCAAGACAAUGUGGAGGAUGGAAAGGAAACAAAUGGCCACACAAAGCCCGUACCUGCUGUGAAGGAAGCAGCUGGGGAAAAGGAACCUAACGUCACGGAAGAACCGGAGAUCAAAAAGCCAAAACCACCACCGAUCGACAUCUGGAAGAAGCGUACUGUGGGCGACGUGUUUGAAGCAGCACGGCAACGAUACUUUGAGAGACGUCAGCUGCAAGAAACGUGCUAGAUGGAGCAUUUGAAACGAACGAAAUAUACAACUUGUGGUUAAUUUAACAAUUAAA